AUGACGUUCAUAAAAAAUCCAAGCCAAACGAAAUAUCUAGUGUCGAUUGAGUAUCACCACCAGGGAGCUUUUAAUAACACAGCCGCUACUACUAAUGCUACUGCUACUAAUACUGUUUAUUUAGCAUCGCCAUACUAUGACGUCAUCGAUACUGCAAUAACAACGACAACAGCAACAGCAGCAGCAGCUGAAGCGAAUCAGAGCCAAAGAUCCAGUACAAAAAGUCGUCGGUUUUGUUGCUCUAUGAAAUGUAGUUUGAUGAAAAACUGCUCUGGUUUCUAUUACAAAGAUGGCGAUAAGAGUGUCGGGUGUAGUAUCAUAAAUGCGAAGUCUUUGGGUAACGUUACUUUAGUCUAUCCCGGUUUAGAAUUAAUGAAAGUUUAUCUGAAGAAUGAAGAGUACAGCAAGAUCUUCAUGUCACCAUUUCCUGAAUUCAAGAAGAAAUUUGAAAUGAUCAACAAGCCUGAUAAUUGGACGAACGCUUUGAACACGUGCAAUCUCUUGUACAAUGGUCUACCCGUGAUAACUUCGCAGGCUGAAAAUGAAGAUUUGAGAGUGUUUUUGAAUUUCUGUGUGUAG